AAGGCCUGCCUCGAGAGUUUCAAGUGACGAUAUACAAAGAAUUUUCAGUCGCUCGUCAGCCACAGUACGUGACGGUGCUGUUUACAUUUACGGUGCCGUCCCUGUUUAUUUUCCACCCUCUGAUUAAUAACCCCCACCGACCAGUCCGACCACCCCCACCCCCCCAAUCCCCUCGUCGGUAUACAAGACACGAAAACAAUAGCAGUGGAAGUGGAUAAACGAGCGAAUGUACAAACAAUCAAGAUGCUCAGAUGAAAACAGUGAGUGAUGAUGAGGACUAGUGUAUCAAUACCGAGGGAUACGAUACAUUGAACUAUUGAUUUAUUGAACCAUCGACUGUGAUAGGUAUCGUAAUUGAGGAGAGUUAAUAGGGCCGAGUUUAGUCACGUGAGACUGGAGAUUUGUCAGUGAUUUUUGGUCAUAAUUUUUAUUGGGAACUUUCGCCAGUUCCGUGUGUUAUCAGACGUACGAUUAUUUUCACCGAAAAUAACGUGCCCCCUCGGAGUCAAUCCCCCUCCUGGGAGCCCCUCUGUACUCUCCUAACCCCCCCGCCGACAGUUGUUGGGUUAUACAUUUGGAGGGAUUGACCAAUGAACAGUGGUAAAGUGCAAGUUAUAUCGCGAGGAACGACGAGACGGCAGCCAGUGACACUCAUUCUUGGAUUUUAGAGGAAUUUAACUGAAGCUGGUCGAGCACGUGCUGAUACCUGCGACUACAUAAGUGUUAUGAAACUAGUGCCGACGAUCCAAUUGCCGCAACUACCGCCAGUCACCGCCGCUGGCGGCAUGACGGGAAUGGACUCACGUCUCCCACCAGGGAUAUCCCUGCCUUUCAGUCCCACAGAUCUACUGUGGCGAUAUGGACCAACCAUGAGCUUUCCACCCACUUCCCAUCCAUCAUCUGGCUCACUGUUGGAUUUUAAAAACCACUUGCCAUCGAGUCUCGCCUCAGAUCCACGUGUUUGGUCUCGCGAUGAUGUGACAACGUUUCUCCGCUGGGCAGAACGAGAAUUCGAAUUGCCAUCAAUUGACAUGGAUAUGUUCCAAAUGAAUGGCAAAGCCCUCUGUCUUCUCACAAAAUCUGAUUUUGGCGAGAGAUGUCCAGGUGCUGGUGAUGUACUUCACAAUGUCCUUGGUAUGUUGGCACGUGAUUUUAAUCAACUCCAGAGAUGUCUACCCAGUAGUCCAGUGACACCCACACGACCAUCGGCAUAUCCACUGAGUCCACACUCUCAUCCACCAACACCAACGUGGGUUGAGAACCCAUAUGCCGCUAAUUUAGCAUCACUCAUGUCAGCUAAUUCUGUGACACUAUCGCCAGCACCAUCGGUGGACAGUCAAGCUGGGUCACCGGGUCAUACUGAGAAUGGCCAUACGCAGAUUUACAAGAGUGAUUCUGAUGAGGAUAAUCAGCAGGGGAGUACAAGUCCACCAGCAACACCAACAGCACUUACUGCACAGAGGCUCAGUGAAGUUUGUGUUAAGGACCAACCGAGUCCCACUUUAACGUCCCAAUUGAUGCCACUUACGCCUGGGGGCUUUAGGCCUGGCUCUAAUGCACGAGAAUUCUUCCCCAACGACUCACCCGAACCUAAUACAAAUGGAAGACUUUUAUGGGACUUCCUCCAACAACUGUUGAACGACCCCAGCCAGAGAUACACCCAUUACAUCGCCUGGAAGAGCCGAGAAACCGGUGUAUUCAAAAUAGUCGAUCCCCCCGGACUGGCGAGACUCUGGGGAAUCCAGAAGAACCAUUUAUCAAUGAAUUACGAUAAAAUGAGCAGAGCAUUGCGUUAUUACUACAGAGUUAACAUACUGAGGAAAGUCCAGGGAGAACGUCAUUGCUAUCAGUUUCUUCGCAAUCCAACUGAACUGAAGAAUAUCAAGAAUAUAUCCCUUCUUCGUCAGCAAAUGAGAAUAAAAUCCGAGCCCGAUGAGGAUAACUCGAUAUCAAAUGGCAUAGAGCCGGAAGUUGACAUGCCAACUGAUCUCUCAAUGUCAAGUAUGAAUCAACCCUCGUGUGAACAGUCACAUGUACAACCUCUACCACUUCUCGAUCCACCAGCGAAAUAUCGUAGCCACGCUUACAAUCUCGUUAAAACUAAUCAAGAGCCGGAAGAGAGGAAGUGACGUGAGACUUAACAGCGACUAGAAAUAAAACGAUUUAACUCUCACUGUUGCUUGACAAUCGUCGCUGUUACGUUCAAGUUGAUAUUUUGGUACGUUUUGGGAAGAGUGGGGCUGAAGAGAUACUUUUGACGUUGUUUUCAGUGUUGAGAGAGUUUUACUAGAAUUUUACACGCUAUUUUUCGACAGCAGUUUGAUUAUGUAGAUCAAUUUAUCUUUGACUUUUAAAAAUUAGAUAUGCGAUUUUUGGUGUAAUACAAAAAUCAACAUUAAAAAUCUGCAACACAUUUCGGUUGAAAGAGUUUUUCAAUCUGAUCACAAACUCUUGAGAACCAAAUUAUUACUAAACUGCAAAAAAUCGAGAGAACUUUCAUUGUGAUAAAAGAUGAUAAUUUAAUUUUUUUAUUAUUAGUUAUGAAAAAAUGAGAACAUUGUUGCAAAAAACUUCCAUUAUCUAUUUAUCGAAGAUAAAUCUUUGCUAUGAAUCAGCAUUUUGCAAAGUUUUAUUCACUUACAUUUUUUAAGAAAAAAACUGUCAUUAUUGGCUAAUUUUUUUAAUUUUUAUUGUUUUAAUUAUCAAAUAUUUAAUGAAAGAGUUCUGAAGUUUUAAACAAUUAUGCAUACGUACUACAUUCUUACGAUAAUUAUGAUCUACAUAAUCAGAUUCCUAAAGAAAUAUCGCGAAGAAAGUAAUAUGACAAACAUUUUUUGUUGAAAAUCGAAACAUUUUUGCCUGGAAUAAUCCACACAUGACCAUUUUACCUAACUUGUCCCUAUAACGUACGAAAUGUUACGUAGGUGGGUCGCAUUUAAUUAAUUAUUCUCUCUCUGACACCCAAUCACGAAGAAUUUAAUUUGGGUUCAUUUGGAAGCUCAAGGAGAGUUUGUCAACGAAAUGAGCAUUGAUGAACGUUCAUGACGUUUUAAAUUCGCGUCUUGUGGAUCUCGAUGGAAAUUCAUAUCGAGAUAAGACUGAUCCAUAGAACCGAAAAUGUUGAAGCAUCUCUUGAGCGCUGGAAAGAAAACAGAUUUUUCUUCACAGGAUAAGGAUUCGAAGGUGAAGGAGGAAGAGAUUCAGGGGAAAAUGUCAACCGGGAAAAUGUUUCUUCUCAAGAAUUCCUCGGUACAUCACCUCUGAAUUAAAAAAACAACCCAAUGAUCUGGUUUAGUCUACGUUCCGCAAUACCGUAUGAGAUUCCAGUUGGAUUUUCCACAAUUAUUAUCCAACCCGUGAUAUUUUAUCGAUUUUCCAUGAAUUAGUUUUGAAAUA